UGCGUGACAGUUUGAAAUACUUCUUAAGUGAAGUAUCAAUUAUCGUAGAGUUCUAGGAAGAUACUCCGUUAUUACAUUUCUGUAAUUUACCAGAUAAUCUUAUUUACUCUGUUGAUGAACAUGCAGUUUUUAUAUUUAUUCGAAACAGAUUGUAAUUUGUUAAUUAAAUUCUUGUGAAUCUUUAAAUAUGUUUGGAUGAUUGAUAUAUAUGACGAUUAGUGUGGGGGUAUUUAAAGAAGGAAGAGAAUCGAUACGUAACAUAAUUCAGAAUGAACGGCACGAAUAAUACCACCGUAACGGAUUGUCAUCACUUCGAUCUUUUAUGUUUGGACAGACAUAAUAAAACUGACCAAGCAUUCCAAAUUCUAAUGAAAUAUAUUUUUCCGAAUUUUUAUGAAUGGAUUUAUAUUGCGUUAUUUAGCCUAGUUUUUAUAUUUGGUUUAAUUGGUAACAUUCUCGUGUUUUACGCUGUAUGGAGUAAUGUUCACUUGCGGAAUACGACAAACUUUUUCUUGGUCAAUUUGUCCAUAGCUGAUUUUUUGGUACUACUUGUAUGUUUGCCACCAACCGUUAUACAUGAUAUUGCUCAGACAUGGUUCCUUGGGGAGACAAUGUGUAAGAUUGUUACAUAUUUACAGUGUGUCAGUGUGCUAGUAUCUGUGGUGACCUUGACUGCUAUAUCAGUUGAACGAUACUUAGCUAUCUGCCGACCAUUGUCUUUCCGAGGCUCCAGGUUCCGAACAGCCCUUGCUGUGCUGAUUAUAUGGAUACUUUCCCUAGUGUCUUCGUGUCCAUAUCUGGUUUUUAUGACAUCAAUUCAUGAUGAUUUAGUUCCUGCAUCAAUUGUAUUGCUAACAAGUUGUGUAUCAUCCGAUUUCAACCAAGAAUACAUAUUCCAGAUAUUUUUGAUGGUGGUGUUUUUCCUGAUUCCAUUCCUUAUAAUGACAUAUACAUACAUUCGCAUCGCUUUAUGUUUAUGGAGAAGCAGCACAUCCGGUUCUGUUGCACUAGAUAGUAGAUCGGCAGCAGCAACGAUACAAUCCCGAGCGAGAAGACGAACUGCCCGGAUGUUGAUCGUUGUAGUUAUUGUGUUUUUUAUUUGCUACAUUCCUGUUUAUUUGAGUAAUAUAUUCAGAUAUGCGGGUAUGACCAAAACGACCAAUCAAGAUGUGAUUGUAGUAUCUAUAACGUACCAUAUUUUAUUGUUUGAUUGUAGAUAUGCGGGUAUGACCAAUACGACCAAUCAAGAUGUUCUAGCUCUAACAACUUUAACGUCUCAUCUUCUAUGCUAUUUCAACAGUGCAAUCAAUCCUGUUAUUUAUAAUUUUAUGAGUGAAAAGUUCAAGAAAGAAUUCCGUGUGGCUUGUAAACUUUGUGGCUUGGCAUCAACACAUGGAAGACACGGAACAUUAACAGCUAAUGUCAAAAUGGACACUGUUACAGAGAAACUGUGCACUGAUCGUUCUAUAAAGAGACGGCUUUAUCAGAAUUCAAAUGAACCAUCAUCAGAAGACUCAAAGUUUCUCCAUUAAAUGAAAGGAUCAAUUGAAAUACGUUGUCAUCCAUCAAAUUCCCAGCUUCACAAACAUGUAACUGUAUAACAAAUCUGCUUUCUCAAAAUAACACAUUUUAUUCGUCUAUUUAUGUUUGUGAUUUUCAAUGUUAAAAUAUGGUAUAUGAUUAUGUUGAUUGUGAAAUAAAAAAACUGUGUAACUUUA